AUGCUAAAGGGAGAGAUUGUAGGUACAAGAUUUCUACAUGUUACAUUGGCAUUCCCAUACAAAGCAGUGAAGAAGCCUACAAACUGGUCUCAGAGAAUUUCAGCGGGGAACAAAAUUUUCCAAGUUUCACACUUUAUAUUAUUUUUCUCGCUUCGAACCCUAACGUCACUUCCUCCUUCAUUCUCAACCCGACCACAAACUCGACCUCCUCCUCCAUUCUCUAGCUCAGACCCGGACCCAACCGUAACCUCCUGCUCCUUUCUCCUUCUUCGUCUCAGAAACAAUGAAGUCGAAGAACAACCCCACAGAGACCACCGGCGAGUCCCGAUUCCUGGAACCAUCUCCACCUCAUCGAUUCGAAACCUCCACCACAGAUCCAUCUCAACAAGGCAUGGAAAAUCCUUCUUCAGCCCCAAAAUUGCCCCACCAAAUGCCGAAAAAGCCCCUUCACCUAACCCUAACAUCCAAGCCGGCCACGAUUCAGCUUUCGCUACCAAGCCGCUAUUCAAUUUGAGCAAAUCUCCGACCUCUGCCGCUCAGAACAUUCCGAUGAAGAGUGAGAUUGAUGGAUCAGAAAAUCCCAGGCCAGUUUUGCCCUGCUGGAUACUUCUUUGUAUGUGAAUAAUUACUAUCCGGAACUGAAGCUCUGGGGCUUCAAUGAUAAGCUUCCAGCUUUAUUGUCAACAAUUUUGACAACAACCAAAAAUUUCCUGCCAACUU